CCCACUUCCAGCUGCCCCCUGUCAUGCUGAAGAUGCAAGGCUUUCCCACGCCAACCAGCACUACAGUCCGCAUCUUUUCCCUUCUAGCAUGACGAAGCUGAUUUGUGACCACAAAUCUGCAUCACAAAUUUCUAGGUUGAGUAUGGGGUGGGGGGAUUUUUCAUUUUGAUACUUCCCGUUAAUGGACCGGUUGGUCGCGCUCGGCGGAAAGGGCCACGGUCUGCAGAAGGGCUCCGGGAGCGGGUCCGCCGCGAAACUGGGGGCGGCCAACGUCUCGGUCGGGGAGCUGAAGGCCUCCGCGUUGGGCCGGUUGGGCAAGUGGAACCUACAGUACAAGGAAAACUAAGUUGACGGUCGCUCUGCAAUCGACUGGUUUUGGUUCAUACGAACGUGCAGCAGUAACCAAGGAGCGUGAACACAUGGUGGGUUAUUGUCAACUUACCUAAAGUAAAUGAAAAUGUGGAACAGUUAGGAGCUAUCUGCUUAUGUUUCAAUAAUAUCGUCAUUAAGCUCAUCACUCAUGCUGUAGCCGUAGCGAAGUUUGCAAUUUGAGCAUUCUUUCGUGCGACGUGUAGUGUGAUGAGAACAACAAGUACAAGAAUUGCGCGACGGAUUUGUGUUGAAAAGUCUAUAAGGUUUUAAUAGAAACCACUUUGUUUGAAUUUGAACAUGAAAAUUUUACACUGUAUUGUCAUUGUUAUUUGAGACUUGUUUGUAAUUGUAUUUACGCAAAAUUUAUCAUUGUUACGAUUGGAUUUGGAUCUGAUACGCACGCUAGCGCUUUGAGGGCGGGCUUGUGGUGAUUUACUGCAAAAUUUGAACAAGAAUUAUCAUCCACUGUACAAGUUUGAUCACGCGUUUAUUCGUUUAUUGUUUCCGAAACCUCAUCUUCAAGAAAAAAAAAUAUGUGUACACUAUCUCCACGUCUUGCUCCACCUUCACAGCAUGAUUUACAGUGCCUGUAAUCUAUUAGCAUAUCACUCCUUGAAUCUGUGCGAAGAGAAGAGAAAGAGCACCCUGGUGGCGUAAAAAACAACAUCUUUCUCCUGAGCCUGUGGACUUUUUGGAAGCAGGGAGGGCUGUGAAAAUGAAGACAAGUUUCAUGAUCUUGCAGUUUUUGGAAAAGAAAAAAGCGGCGCUUACGCGGCGGUCGCGGUACUUCACCUUCUGCUGUAGAGCGGUAAAAUCGGCACUGUUAUAAAAUUCGUUGCAGAAACUGAAACAGCUUGCGCUUGCGGCGCAGUCGUGUGGUGUGCCCCUUCAACAUUAAAGUGAGGUAUAUUCAGAACUAUGUAAUCGUCCUCGUCCCCACUCGUGCAUCUUCAUCUAUGACCGAUCGUCGUACUAAGGAUCCCUCGUAUUCCGAAAUAAUUUUCGUACCAACAGCCGCGCCCUUAUGGUAUAGAUCAACUGUUCGUCAUAGAAGAUCGGCGUUCAGCUGCUCUCGGGCUGGAGGAGGGAGUAGCGCGCAGCAGUCCGCUAAAGGGCACACUGCCAGCAUCAUCAUCAUGUGGCUUUUGUUGCUGCUUACGCUCAUUUUCUUUCCCUCCCUCGUCGGCGCCCUUCAGACUUGUCGUUCGUCGUAAUUUUUUUUUUCUGAUUUUUACCGUCCUCAAACAAACAAAAUGACUUUUCGAACGUCUCCCUGUGCGGCACGGAAAGAAGUAGAAUCAGUAGUAGAGUAAGUUUCCCAUUUCCAUCAACAGCACCUCAACACUCACCCCUCGUUUUUUCAACCGUCCUCGAACGGAUCGAGCUGAAACUCGUUCUGUUUGCUGCGGCUAUCAAGUGGACAAACAAGAAUCUUCAAGUUUGUACGGCAAUUACUGUGGUUGGAGUAGUUUUGCCGUUUGCAGGAGUUUGAAGGACAAGGAAAAAUGAAGAAGUCCUCCAUUUUUUCCACGACGGCCCUGCUUGCGGGCUCGACAGGCCAGGUCGUGGAGUCCUCUUCGCAGGGGAGGAAGAUGAAAUCGCUGCUCGCCCGGGACAAAAAACAUCGCCCGCUUGGCAGCCCGACCCCUCCUCUGCCUGGCGCGGCAGACUCGGGGAAGCACAGUGACUGCGGGGAGUUCAACAUCUGCCGUCGCCCACGACCGGUAGUCGGGCUAGUACAACUUCCGCGUCGUUUGCGGAAGUCGCCUCAAACGCGUCCAGCUCGCGCCGGCGUGGUAGUCGACGCCGGCGUUCUAGUACAACGAGUCGUCGCCGGCAAGAAACGGCGUCUCCUCCUUCUACGACCGCUUCGACGCCUCCUGCCACUGUGAGUAAAAACAACAUCGUUUUCGGCACUACCUAUGGCCUGACGCCGCAGCAGGUCGCGGAUCUGGUCGCCCGUUACAAAGACUCCGAGGGCACGCUCUACAAUCGCUACGACAAGGAUUACAAUCCCUGGGUGGCGGAGGAUGCGCAGUUUGAAGACCGCACACACGACGACCAAAAUGCCUACCACCUUGGUCCUCUCACAGUCCAGGUGAAUCCCACUGGACAUGACGCUUGGUUCCCGAACUGGGAGGAGACCUGUGUGGAGAUCUUCGGUUUCAAAAAUGAGUUGCGGGGUGGCAAUCUGCAGCGCCUCGACUGCGAGUGGAAUCAAAUCAAGUUUGCGGUGAAUCGCGGAAACUCGACGUACAUCAAAGCGUACGCGGACGAGUGCGCGCAACACCGAAAGCCGGUGAUGCAGAAAGCGUCGCGGGAGGAAUGCUUGGAUGCGGUCGUGAGCCGGUCGCGGGGCGGCUUCGAUUUGGAAGAGACGAAAUACGAUUAUCUGAAGCUGAUUUACCACCAAGUGCGGUACGAGGAAAACGGGGCCUGUCACCGUUACGUGGGUCUGGGCUGCGCGCCGGAUCCGAACGGGCCGCGGAUGGUCGACGGCUCUGCGAGCGGCGACUCUCGUGCGACGACGCUUGAACUUUCGGGCGGAGAUUGCUACGACGCCUGCGGCGGCCACGGCGGGCUCUGCGACGAGACGUGUGGGUUGGACCCGGACCGGUCCACGCUUUCGGAGGGGGUGAAGCGGCGCACGAAGGGCGUGUGUUGCCGCCGGGGGACGCCGGAGAAUGACCCCGAAGACGAAAUGUGGUGCGAGCGGGCCGCGCAGGAAUACGAAGACGCUGAUCGGCAGAACUGGUUCCUCACACGGAGACACUCCUGCGGCCUGGUCACCCUAACAGAGAAGGAACUGGAGGGCCAGCGCUAGAGAAAAGAUGACAAAUGUUGUCUUCUCAUUGUCUUCAGCGACAAGAUGAUCAGGGUGCACUACGGAACUCACCGUUUUUUUUUUUUGAAUGUUUCGUUCGUAGUAAACGACGAAACACGAAGAUGUGCGAAGCUGCUGUGACACAACCCCGAGAUGCAGUUUGAAACGAACUCGAACCCCAACCCCUCCGCACGUCCCCCCCUAGUGCAGGAUAAAUGAUGACGAUGAUGUUUGCGAUCGAUUCCUCAUGUAAUUUUCACACCUUUAUUUUUUUUACUGUUUAGCAUAACAUAAACUUACUUUAUCUUUAGAACUUUUUUUCAUCUCACAUCAAAAAUGCUCUUUCCCCCGUCCUCGUCCUCGCAGUUCUUUCGUCUUUCUUUGAUUUUGAACUGCAAUGUAUGAUAAGCCCCAAACCCAAAUCUUUCGACAACUGCAAGAAGCUUCAAGUUUUAGAUUUUUAAAGCAACAAAACUCAGACUCAAGUUUUAGAUCUUAAAAGACUUUUAAUCAGCAGCGUUCUUCUUACAGCUUUACCACGUACAACCUUUUAAAAACUUCAGUAGCAACCAUUUUAUUUUUAUCCAGUAGCAGGCUCUUCCUAACAAAAAAUUUUUCUCGUUCUCGGCAGCAGUUCCUUUUUCUGAGGUGGGAGCCAAAGGAGCUCCACCAAGUCGUUCGUUUUUAUUGAAAUAGCGCUAGACACAUGAGAGGAUGAGGAAAGACCACCUUUCAAGCGGUUCCAUGUGACCAUCCUGAACAAAUCAACAAACAAACAAGCUCAUAGUACCAAAAUAAAUUGCACUGUUCAUUUUUACAGCACGUCUUUACAACUUCCCCGAGCUAAUUUUUUUUCUCAUAUAACUCUAACUGCAACUUUUGAAUCACGAAGAAACAGAACUAUCUUUUCAGAUAGCUACAUCUUACGCCAAGCAACUUUUGAAUCAUGACCUUGCAGUUGUAGGAAAGGAAAAAAAACGGCACUUGCUCGGCGGUCGCGGUACUUCACUUCCCGCUGUAGAGCAGUAAAAUCAUCACUGUGAUAAAAUUCGUUGCACGAUAGAGCAGCUUGCGUUGCAGUCGUGCCGUGUGCCCUUUCAACUUUUAGAUCUUCAAAACCGAACAAGUAUCAAAUGAAAUGGGUCAUCGAUCUGUUUCUUUUUUCCAAGAGUUUUCAUGCUGUGUGCUGUAUUUCUUUUAGUUCUUGGUGCUUCGCAAAGUGACAACUCGGUCCUGGUUUUCUAUUUGAUGCUUUCCGUGAACAUGAUGUCUUCAUCGGUUCGAUGCUUGCAAGAUCCUCGUUCGAUCAUGCACACCACCUGCGGCCAAAACGCUCGAUGUACCUUUUUCAUGGCAAAUGAACAUGCGGCCUUCUAUAAUGAAAGAAUGUGAAAUGAUGAUGAAAUUAUGCCACUCGUGGAGUUGUGCCAUGGGACUCUUUAUUUAUGUAUGAAGUUGUAGCCGGAGCAGGAACAGGAAGUUAGAAUGUGCGGUUGUGAGAUCGUCAUAUGAAGUAAAACUGAAGAUGAGGCUGGUUUCCUGGUAACAACGAAGAGGCAAGUUUUCUCUUCGAUCGCAAUAAGUUCGCGCUGUCAUUCGAACUUCGACUGCGAAGGGAAGCGGUAAAGUCGCGGCACGGAAGGGGAACAAAAACAAAUAACAUGGCGCAACUGCAAAGAGCCGCUUCUAGCGGUCGCGGUUGGCCGCGAGGGUUCAGCGCAAGAAUGCUUUUUUCUUGCGUGGUAAAGUGGUCCUUUUGCGGAUCAAGUCUCACCAAAAGUAAUUCUCUGGUUGUCUCGACCACCGCUGCUGUUCUCGAGCUAACGUCCGCUGAUUUCGAUGACACGCUCGAGUCCAGCACUCUUACCUUCGUAAAGUUCUACGCUCCUUGGUGUGGGCACUGUAAAAAGCUGAUUCCGGACUGGGACAAGCUUGCGACCGAGGUAGUUUCCUGGGGCGAAGAAACGGGCGAGGAAGGUAGCAUCAAAAUUGCCAAAGCUGACGCCACGGUGGAGAAGGACCUGGCGGGAAAGUUUGCGGUGACCGGGUUUCCCACAUUGCUCCUUUUCUACCGAAACCAGAACUACUACGUGCGGUACAACGGAAAACGGGACGCGGCUUCCUUCAAAAAAUACGUGACCGGGAAGUACGAAAAUGAGAAACCGUUUUUCCAGCAAUUUGACGCCGCCGAGGUGUCCGCAUCCGCGGUGGUCGAGAAACUGAUGAAGAAACCCUUCGUGGUUCUGCACGUAGGUAUAUGCAUUGCAAAUAUGUCUGGGUCUGGAGGAAUGCGAACUUGUCAUGCUAAAUCCGAAUCAUGCAAAAAUCUGGGUUGCGUGAGUGCCAAAAGUUGUCCACUUUCAACCAAGUUGGGAGGGAGUUUCUCAUGCAGGAGAGGCAUGACAGAGACCUCACAGACUCUGCCAUGCUAGGUUCGGCAUUCCAGACCUCAUGGGUCAUGGAAAACCUGCAUUACAAGUUCCAACCUUCCAGACCCAGACAUAUUUGCAAUGCAUAAGGCACCGAGAUCGAGCCGGAUGUGGCCGGCGAUGCAGGGAUUCAGGAGCUGGCCGGCGCGGGGUUUGUGUUGAACCCACGACCGGUUGCGAAUGCGAAGGACCAAGACUUUCCGGUUGUGUAUGUGGAAAAGGAUUCGCAGCUGCUGAAGUCGCUGGUAAAGCAGAUAAAGAAAAAGCCGGAUUGGAAAAAGUGGGACGACUUUGCGCUGAAAUUGGCGAAGGGAAAAGUCGGGACGUAUCUGCUCCGGAACGGUACAAUUUGAUCUAUCAGGGUGCCAUUGCCUCCUCCAUAUUUAUACUAGUAAUGACGCCAGCACCUACUUGAUCGCCCGUGUUCAUUUUGUACUUCAACUACUUCUGUUGUGCAACAUUGUUCGCCUGCUUUUUGUUUCUGACUAUUUUCGUAUAUAGCAAGAACAUGAUCAAGAUCAACGUAGACGUACCUUUGCACUGCGGUGAUAUCCGAAAAAGCGGGAUAUUUUAAACGUACAGAUGUAAUUCUUGAUUCUGGCGUCGUGUACCGCGACACUACAAGUCCUGAGAUCGCGGAAGAAGGAACAAGCGGUAAAAACCUUCUCUCCUGGAUCAAGGUCAACCAGGCCGGAAAGUACCUGAUUACGGCCGCGCAGGAGAACGAGUCGCUCUUCCUGCACGACACUGCGCCCGGGAAGGCGCUCGCCGUUGUGUACGGCGACGCAGCGUCCGAUGUGCACCUUUUCGAGCAAGCUUACCGCGCGGCGCAGGACUGGACUUUGGAAAAGGACAAAGCAAAGAACACGUCUGAAGACACUGCCCAAAGACAACUAAAGUGGGUGGCGGCAAAAACCGGCACAUGGGGGGACGACUUUGUGAAGCACAUUUCGAGUGAUACCCAGGCGCCAGCGUUUUUUAUCUGGGAAUUCGGUGAGACCGAAGACGAAGAUAAGGUGUUUACGUAUAAGUGUGUAAACUGCUUGCAGCUCGUUAGCGUUCUUAGGCUGAUCAGAAUUCUUUCCAACAUGUUGCAAGUAAAGGUUGCGGGUAAAAAGAUAAACCUCGUGUAGUACUAACUACCCCUCCCCUACCCCCACCCAGGUGUACCAUUUUGGCAAGGCAAACGACCCGUCCACGAAAGGCGGCAAGAAACCCCCGAACCUGAAGAAGAUCACGAAGAGCGAGAUUCAGGAGUUCGCGAAGGCCUGGGGGAGCAAGACACUAAAAGCCGAGAAGGACGUGGUGGUCACGCUGACGGGGUCCAACUGGGAAGCUAUCGUGGAGAACCGGCAGCAGGCCCUCCUGGUCGAGUUUUACGCGCCCUGGUGCGGACACUGCAAAGCCCUGGCGCCGGUGUGGAAGAAGGUGGCGAAGCACUUCGAGAAGAACGAGAGCGUCCUGAUCGCCAAGAUGGACGCGACGCAAACGGACGCACGGAAGGUAUCAACUGCAAAAAUGUCUGGGUCUGGAAGAAUGCGAAAUCUGUCAUGCAGAUUUUGCAUGACCCAAAUCGUCUGGAAUACAAGCUCUAGCAUCACAGAUUUUGAGCAGAUAUCCCAAUGCCUAAUCCGCAUGACAAAUCCCGGCUCUCGGAAACAAGAAGUGGGGCCUUUUGCUAGCCAUGCAUGACAGAUUUUCUCAUGAUGUAGACUUCGCAUCACAAAUUCGAAUUCUUCCAGACCCAGACAUUUUUACAGUUGAUAGAAGGUGAUGCCGAGCAUAAGUGGGUACCCGACCAUCUACUGGUACCCGGCGGAUAAAGCGAAGGAUAUCGAUAUCAUUUGUAAAAACGUCCCCACCCCAGAGUUGUAAUGCAAAUCUGCACGCUGAGCAUGUUUCUCAUGCGGAGACCCAUGAGAAGCAGUCUCUAGUCGUGUUUUUGGAUUUGUGAUGCUAGAAUCAGCAUGAUGUGCUAGAUCUGUGAUGCUGCUAAACAAGCUAAACAGGAUUACACUGCGAGGCCAAAUUUGUCAUGCGCAACAGCAAAAACUGAUAGAUUUGUCUAGCAGAUUUCCCAGCUUAACUCUGGUGUGGGGACGUUUUUACUCAGGAUAAUCGAGAAGUUCGAGGGGGGCCGGAAACAGGACGAGUUCGUCAAGUUUGUAGAGAAGAAAUUGCAGAACGAAAAAGUUGUAGAGAGCAGUACAAAGACAACGAAAGGGAACAUCAAAAGUAAAACAAAAGCAGCGAAGAUGAAAAUCGACGCCGAAGCGGAGACCACCGCAGAAGAUGACGAUGACUUAGACGACCUAGACACCGACGAUAGUGGCGACGACGAACAGGCUCUGCACAAGAAAAUGGCGGGAACCAAGAAAACUUCGAAUUCCGAAAAAAACCUCGACAAGAAAAAAGCCGCAGAGAUGAAAAAGAAAGUGGCCUCUGCUAGUACUCCUUCUGCGCCGGCCGUCGCCCCCGCUGUUGAUUCGACAACUGGGUUGAUUCACCCGUGUCCCGAUAAUGCCGACUUGAACACGUGCCAGACCUGGUGCGAGGGAGUUAUGGGCAAGGGCAACUUCCAAAUGUCGCGUGGCGGCGCGGCGUGCACGGAUACGCCCGAGCCACCGGAGGUUGGGCCUAGUUGUAUGUGCUACGACAAAGCCAUGCGCAGACCGAUGGCGCAGUGCGUAUCCAAGUGCACAAAGGAGAUACCCGGGAAAGAUAAACCAGAAAGAAGUACUAGUACCAGCACAAGUACCACUUCUACCGCGACAUCUUCUACUUCGGGAAAGACGAAAAAACCUACAGCAAUAGCGUCGAAAGCUGGAAAAGAAGGCAAGAAAAAGAAGAAGAAAGAGCCCGCCGUGUUGGCCGACGACCAAGCGGGGCUGGACCACGUUUUAGACGCGCUGAAAAAUCCGCCGACCAAGCAGAAAGACCCAAAGGCGAAGGAGACGGACACCUUGGGAACGAACAAGGUAAUUCUCCACGAUAGCGGCAGCGCUGCAGAUGAUAGUACUGAUGCAGCAGAAACGGACUCAACAUCUACCACCAGCAAGAACCGGCGCUGGCUCUUGUAUGACACGAAGUAUGGCGAGGGGUUUAACCUCCAGCGGGAAGUGUUUCCCCGCGUCGCGCACGCGGUGGCGAUGCUAAACUUUCGUAUCGAAGACCGGUGCGGGGAGUCGGGUUCCCUCGGGAAGACCCCGGAUUGCGUCCUGUGGGGGAUUGUGCUGCCCCCCUGGUGCCGGCUGGCGCACUGGCGGAACUACGACUUGCCCAACCGCCUGCAGAAACUACCCUGGGGCGAACUGUUCGACAUUGACAUGUUGAAGCAGCUGCCAUUCUCCGUGAUCGAGUAUCACGAGCUGUCCCAGCAAGCGCUGAACAAUUCCAACAAAAUCGACCGCGUCAUUUUCUACGACGUUGAGCAAAGGUACGGGAUGAUUUCACCCGGGAAAAACCCCGGGGACGACUUUGUCGGGUGGUCGCAGAACGACUACACCGAUUGUGACAAGGCAAAGGGCGGUAUGAUCCGAGUGCACAGGAAGAUCUUCCCCUCCGUCGUCAACUCGAGAAAAAUCGUGAAGAGGCACGAACAUAGUCGACGUGCCUAGUACACUUGAUGUGCUGCUCAAGGAGCUCAGGAGUGCUGUGGCCAUGUUUGUUGCAUGAGGCGCCCGGCGCCAGAGCUGCAGGUGGAUGGCGCUUCUACAAUCUAUCCGUGCGUCUGUGCUCUUCGUUUCUUUUCAUGCGAGAGCAGAUUUAUUGUAUCACUCUUGGCUUUCUAUCUUGUCCUUGUUUCGCUUGCUUUGCAUUUCCUGUAAAAAUUAUCGUGAAGAAGGGCGAGGGAGUAGGUGUUCUACUACUUCUCUCUGAUAACCGGAGUUGUGCAAGACGUGGAAAAUAGUGAGGAGAAAGACGAAAAACGGGUCGUCUAUGCGGGGUAUUGCGACAAGGGGGUCGUGACGACGAAUGUGAAGUGUGGGAUCAUCAAAACGCCGUUCGCGCAGGGCAUUGUCGACAUGCUCGACGAUGGCAACAAGGACGUUUCGACCGUGCUGAUCAAACACUACGACUACUUGGCGAUUCCGGACAUCUCCGCCUUGGACGGCAUUGGCUUACGGGAGUCGGUCCAUUUUCACAAAGAUCUGCGAACCAUCGGGGAGGAGUUUAUGCGGGAAAAGUUUGGAGGUAUAGAGACAUGCGACUUCAUGAUCAUGUUCAUGUUCAUGUGAUGAGCUGAUCAUGCUGUUAUCUUUUUCUUUGGUGCACGAAGAAAUAUUGAUGCAACAACAGCUGUACUUCAAAAAUCUACGACACUAGUACAGGUACCAAGUUUAUUGCCGCGCAUUGUCGUCGGUCAGAUUUCGUCAAGUCCCGGGCCUCGACCACAGCUGACUGGGAUUCGAUCGUGACGCAGCUGAAGGCGCUGCAGAAGGAGACGAAGUUGCAGAAGAUCUUCAUCGCGACCGACGCCACCAAGGCGGAGAAGGAGGAGGCCAUGCUGCUCUUCAACGGUGAGGACGUGUUAGACAAACUGGACGAAGAGGAUAGCGACGCGGACGCCGGUGGAACAAAAACAAGCAAAAAAACCAAGAAAACCGCGUCCGAUCUGGUGUUUUUCGACUACCAGGAAACCUCGGACGCGCACCGGGAAACGCUGCAGCACCCGGGCAAGCAGAGCAUCGUCGAGAUGUGGAUUGCGAGCCGGGUAUCAAAUGGAAAAAUCCCCCCACCCCAUAUCGACACCGAAAUUUCUGAUGCGGUAUUUGAGUAAGUACACAAAUCGACUCGUAAUGCUAGAAGGCCAAGAGCCGCAGUCGUGGCCUCGUUUGCAGGAAAUUUGUCAUGCUGUUUCCCACUUCCAGUUGCUUUCUGUCAUGCUGAAGAUGCAAGGCUUCCCCACGCCACCCAGCACUACAGUCCGCAUCUUUUCCCUUCUAGCAUCACAAAGCUGAUUUGCGACUGCAAAUCAGCAUCACAGAUUUCCGUUUUGAUAUGGCGCGGGGGGAUUUUUCUUCUUGAUACCGGGCGGACUUUUUC